AUGUGGGCAAGCUGUUGUAAUUGGUUUUGUCUGGAUGGCUCACCUGAAGAGAUGCAGUCGCAGCCGCAGCAGGGAGCCAGAGCCCAAGCCUAUUCCAACCCCGGGUACAGCUCCUACCCAUCUCCCACUGCUUCGGAACAGAGCUGCAAAGCCUGUGGGGUACACUUCGACAACACCUCCAGGAAGCACAUCUGCUUGGACUGUAAGAAGAAUUUUUGCACGUCCUGCUCAAACCAGCCCGAAGGUGGCCCCCUGCUCUGCCAUCUGUGCCAGCGUUUCCGAGCCACGGCUUUCCAGCGGGAAGAGUUGAUAAAGAUGAAGGUGAAGGAUCUGCGAGACUACUUGGCACUCCGUGAGAUUUCCACAGAGUUGUGUCGUGAAAAGGAGGACCUGGUAUUUCUGAUUCUUGGCCAGCAGCCUGUAAUUACCCAGGAAGAGCAGAUGAGAAUAAAUCCAUUCAAUACUAGUGCCUCUGAACAGCAAGACUUUGUGAUUCUCCCACCAAGCAGCACAGCAUCCUUUACCUCACAUGAUGCAUCUCCCGUGUCUGCAGAUCCCAUCUCAAGUUCACUAGCUCAGGAACAUCAACAGGCAAAUGGUUACGUGCCUCCAGGCCAAGUCGGUGUGACAGGAGUUGAGAAUUCAGCGGAAGCACCAACAGAGGAGGAGACAGAGUCUACUGACUCAGAAGAUAACCUGGUGCAGGGGAGGAAGGCUUCUCUCUCUGAUCUAACAAGCAUUGGAGACAUCAAUGCCCUCUCUGUGCGACAGCUGAAGGAAAUCCUCGCUCGGAACUUUGUCAACUACAAAGGCUGCUGUGAAAAGUGGGAGCUGCUAGAGAGGGUGACUCGUCUUUAUAAAGAGAAAGACCUUCAGCAUCUAGUUUCUGACACUGAUGAUCAAACUGGUGGUGCUGGGCUCCCUGGCACGGAGGACAACCUCUGCAAAAUCUGCAUGGAUGCACCCAUUGACUGUGUCCUGCUGGAAUGUGGCCACAUGGUCACUUGCACCAAGUGUGGGAAGCGGAUGAGUGAAUGUCCCAUCUGCAGGCAGUACGUGAUAAGGGCUGUCCAUGUCUUUAAGUCCUAAGUGUGUGUAAGGAAGACCGGUGAUGCCUUAAAGCCUCACCUGCUGUUAGAAGAAUGGUCAAUAUCGCCACAAAUAGGUCAGAGAUUAGUAUGUGGAGCCCCCUGGAAAUGAGGGAAGGAUGAAGCCUGGGGAAGAUUGUUCUUACUCAAGCCAUGCCUGGCUGUGCUUUUCCCACAAUAGUGCUUUACACCACAGUGCCUGGACUCC